AUAAGCACUCAUCUCCUUACUUGAUCUCUUUUAUCCUCCCUGUACCUAAUCUUCCCCCUCACCCCCUCUUUCUCUCUCUCUCUCUCUCUCUCUCUCCAUCUACAUGAAGAUUGCAAACGGAAAGAGAAAUGCUCUACUUCUGGCACUUAGAGAUUCUGAUUAUGUCAAGAAAGUGUAUGGAGGGUACUUCAAUGUGUUUGUUGAUGCGUUUGGGGAAGAAGGAGACCAAUGGGAUUCGUUCAGAGUUGUGGAUGGACAGUUUCCUGAUAUGCAGGAGCUCCAUAAGUACCAUGGAUUUGUGAUCACUGGUAGCCCUUAUGAUGCUCAUGGAAAUGAGUCUUGGGUCCUGAGACUCUGCAUUCUGAUACAGACAUUGGACGCCAUGGAGAAGAAAGUGCUUGGCAUUUGUUUUGGGCACCAAGUUUUGUGCAGAGCUCUGGGUGGUAAGGUAGGGAGAGCAUUCAGUGGUUGGGAUAUUGGUUUAAGGCAAGUGAAGAUUGUUGAGGGUUUGCCUUCAUAUCAUCUCUUUGGUGGCCUAAAGGAAAUCCCAUCUUCCCUCUCUCUCAUUGAGUGUCAUCAAGAUGAGGUGUGGGAGGUUCCUGUAGGAGCUGAGGUCAUUGCAUCAUCAGAGAAGACAGGAGUAGAGAUGUUCAGCCUCGGAGAACACAUUUUGGGAAUUCAAGGCCACCCUGAGUACUCCAAAGACAUUCUAUAUAACCUCAUUGAUCGUCUUGCCAACAAUAACACCAUAGAGAAACAAUUCGCCCAACAAACCAAAUCAAGAAUGAAAGUAGCUGAACCUGAUAGGAAGACUUGGGAGAAGAUCUGUAGAAGCUUCCUCAAGGGCAGAUAGCCUCGACUAAUUUCCCAAUCUGUAUCAUUUUUCCUUUCUUUUGUUUGAUUAUGCUCAUCAGUAUAUUCAGAAGUCUUACAAUAAGACUUGUUUAAGUUACCAUAUACUGUGUCACUGUACACAAGCAUAUGGAGCAUCUAAUAAAUGAUGAACAACUCAAUAUGAUGCAGUUUUUUGUUCUUGUUACAA